AUGAAUUCAAGCACACCUCUCAAACCUCGCCCCGCGCCGGGUCAACAGGGCUCGACACCUUUCAGGUCUGUUUCAGCAAGCAGAUUCCGAUCGUCACUCGUUCCCAUGAAUAAACCAUCUCCAGCGCGCACUUCGCAUCUCACGGGCAAAGUAGCGACGAAUAACUCAUACGGUCGCGAUUUAUUCCGUACUUCUACUCCACAAACAUCCCGUACUAUGAAAUUUGCGCCUAGCUUACCGGCGGACGUAACAAAGACAACCCCAGGCGGCCGCAAGUUUCCCCAGAAAACUACACAAGGUGGCAUGUAUGGUAUAGCCUCAGCUGAGCCUUUCAAGAUGAGGAUACCAUCUCCCGAUCCGGAGCUCUCCGGCGCGGCUUUAUCAAAAGAGGUUCCCGACGAUCCUAAUCGUACAGGUACUAUCUACGCGGAUCAGUUCCUAGCCCAUAAAUGUCCUCCGAAUUUCGAUGACCUUCAGCGACGACGGUUUUUCUGCGUCCUUGAUUUGCGAAGAUUAAAAUACGCUGCUGAUGAGAUCUUCGCGAAGAAGGAUUGGAAGCUGAACAUAAUGAACUUCGCGAAGGAAUAUGAGAAGAGCAGGGGAUUAAUCAUGCUACGAUACGGGCUGUAUGAGUUCAAGAACGUGAAGCCAUCGGAAGAGGUGCUCAAGAGAUGGAGAGCAGCCCACAACUUACCGGAGCCGGAGCCGCAAGCGGAGAAAGCGGCACCGGCAACUCCAGUCCAGAGUAGUCGUCGUCCUGGGACUUUGGGGGCCGUGUCGACGAAGCGCAAAGCUGAGGAGGACUUGGCACCAAAGGAUAACGCACUAAUGGCGUCGACUGCCAAUCAGAAUAAGCGUCGCAAUGUUACUCAAGAACAGACCGAAGCCGCUCUCACGGGACCCGCUCCCUUCAAGAAGAGUAAGCGUAAGGCUGACGAAACUGAUGAACCAGAUGAGAAUCAACCCAAUAAAGUACAAAAGGCCACCCCAACUGCCGCCAAAUCCAAGUUUGAAAGUAUUCUCAACAGAGCGCAGAGUGGAAGUACUUCGCCCAUCAAGAGGGCUCCCCUAGCCCCCUUUGGAUCUCAGAAGUCGAACGAAUCCCAGAACACCAACCUAAACGGAAAAUCAAACCCCUUCGCAGGAUCUACCAAUAUAUUCAAACCCGCGACUGUUGAGACUGUUGAAGAGAGUAGCACCGCUGGCUACUUAUCCGAAAGUUCUGCGAAUAGUAGCGGCAAUGAGAAUGGCAAUGUUGAUGGCGGCGAUACUGAGACCGAAUCGGAAGGGGAAGAAGAAGCAGCGGAUAGCCAAGAGGCAUCACAGAGUGCCCAGCCCAGUGUUGCUAGUAGUGCCGGCACAAACACCCCUUCUGCCCAGAGCGGAUCAGCUCUAUUUUCCAGCAGUAACACCACUGCCGCUUCCAAUCUCUUCGGUGGCCUGACCAAGUCUAGCGAUCUCACUUCGAAAGGAGGUCUCUUCGGUCGAGUUCAAAUGGGGUCUAAUGGACAACCGCUUCGAGCUACAGCUGAUGAAGAAGAGGAAAGCGAUAUUGUUCCAGUUAAGCAGCCUAUCGUUGAAAAAGAACAGAGCAAGACUCCUGCUAAGCAACCGGGUGACUUUACGUUCAAUGCGUCAACAACCCCGAUAUCCUUCGGCCCACCGUCAUCCAGUGCUACCAAGCCUCCAGCAACAGUUUCUCACCUAGAAUCCACCAACGAAUCAAGCAAGCCAGAAGCUGCAAAGGUAGCAAAAUCGACAGCAUCCCUCUUUGGAGCCAGUGCUCCGGCCAACCCAGCUUUCCAGCCAAGCACAGCAUCGCUCUUCGGCGCGUCUACCACGUCGUCUGUUUCAUCUCCAAUGAAGCCCAACGGCACUGCCAGCUCUCUCUUCUCGGCACAGAAGUCUACCCCAACCUCUAGUUUGUUCAGCCCGGCUCCUACUAAAUCAUUAUUUGGUGAUGCCGCGAAAGCAAAUGAGACCAGUUCUUCAACUGCUAAAGAGCAGCAGAAGGGUAAUCCAGAUGUCGUUCUGGAGUCAAAAGUUAGCGAGACACCUUCAACCUCCAAAAAGCCCACGUCUCUUUUCGGUGCUUCAACCAGCACGACUACUCCAUCCCAGGCCGUAUCAUUAUUUGACAGUAGCGUGAAGGCAACUGAAUCCCAAACGAAUGGGGCCCCUAACGGCCAAUCGCUGUUCGGAAACACUGCAAAGGCACCUGCAUCAAACUUGUUCGGUGGCUCUUCGAGUUCGGCAUCAUUUAGCGCGGGUGAUACCAAAACCAAUGGUUCUGAUACCGCAAAGUCUUUAUUCGAUACUUCAAGCAAGCCACAAUCAGCAAGCUUUACAUUCGGUGCCUCAAACCCAGAGACUACACCUACUACGCCUACGUCUAAAUCAUUAUUCGGCUCUGAUGUACCUAAGCCAACUACCACAAUGGGAGCUUCGCUGUUUGGAGGUAAUCCGGCCCCCUCGACAAAUAUUUUUGGCGCUAAGAACGGUGAGGCAACGCCCGCAGAAAAGAAACCCGCCACGACAACAGCAUCCUCGUUGUUUGGAAAUACUUCAACUACGAGUAAUCCAUUCAACUCCAACCCAGCCCCUACCGAGAAGAAGGCAGAACCUACGACCUCGAAUUCGUCAAGCCUUUUCAAUAGUGCCCCCCCUAAGGCGGCCUCGUUCACUUUUGGAGCCCAAUCCCCAGCUCCCAGCAACACACAACCUGCGCCAGCGAUGAUAUUCGGUGCGAGUACCAAUAGCAGCCAGUCCAACAACACCGAGUUGAAGAAGCCUGACCUUCAGUUCGGAGCUCCCACAACCGGUUCAUCAUCGUUCACUUUUGGCCAGGAUACUUCAGCUGCUCCCGGCUCCGGUUUCACCUUUUCCGCUGGGGGAAAUGGACAAUCGUUCAAUAACCCUUUUGCCUCGAGCGCACCACCGCCGGCAGCGCCUAUGUUUGGUGCCCAGCCAUCGACACCAAAUCCAUCCUCCUCCUUUACCUUCGGUUUUGGCCAACAAGCACCAUCUACGCCUAACCCGGCUCCAGCUAACCAGGGAGCCUCUCUCUUUGGAGGAUCCUCUAAUGGGGGCAACGGGGCCAACGGGGCCCCCAGCUUCAGCUUCACUCAAGCAACGCCAAACCAGAACAUCUCGAAUCCAUUUGCCCCCAAACCGACAUCGUCUUUUUCAGGUACCGGGAGCUUCUUGCAGGCUGGCGGUGACUUUACAGGUACCAACUCACCAUUUCCUGCACCCUCUAGCAUAGGUACAACUCCAGUGAACGGCACACCAGAGCCACAGACUCAGCACGAUGACGAAGAAGCUCCACAAGAGCAGAUAUCACUCAUCACUGGUGGACCAGGUGAGGAGGACGAGAUGAUCUUGCACGAAGUGCGUGCCAAGGCUAUCAAGUUCGUGCCUAUAGUUAAAGGCAGCGACGAUGAAGAGGAAAGGAAGUCACCAUGGUCAACUCAGGGAGUGGGACCGCUACGUGUUCUUAAGAACAAGACGAGCGGGACCGUCCGUGUGUUACUACGUGCCGAGCCGAGAGGCCACAUCGCGAUGAAUAAAGCCAUCCUCUCAGAUAUCGAAUAUAAAGCCAAAGAGAAGACGGUCAACUUUGUGGCAGCAAACGACGAGGGAUCUGGUCUCGAAACGUGGGUUCUGCAGGUCAAAAAGCCAGAGUCUGCGCAGCAGCUGGCGGGUAUAUUGGAAGCAAACAAGAGCGCGAACAAAAAGUAG